AUGUCUUAUACAAAAGAGUUCCCCUCCCGUCGGCGGGGAUCCGAAUUAAACGGUCUUAAAUCAUACGGCGAAGAGGAAAAACACAGAAGCUCCGAUUUUAGUGACGAAGCUUUGGGUGGACAUUCAGUCUCAAUGAACUCUUCCAGCAGAGACGAAUAUACUCGCCCAAGAGGCGGAUUUCACCGAGGUGCAGGUCCCCAACGCUCUCGACUUGGCGGUAGACCCCCCAAGGCACGAGGUUUCAAAAAAAAGAAUAAAUAUAGAAAACCUUCGUUUUCCCCUCAACGAUCACCAUACUCCCCUGAAUACGACCGUCCCCGUAAACGGCCUUUGUUACCGCGUUCCCAUCCUAGUCCCACCUCUCCUCCUCGAUCACCUCCACCUCCGCCGCCAUCUUCAUACCAGCUUCAAAAUCCAAAACAGCAUCUUCCCCCUCUUCCUCCUCCUCCUCCUCCUCCGUCAGGUUCGCCUCAUUUCCCACAAGACCAUUCAGCUUCCCAGAUACCCUUUAUUCAAUCUCGGUCAAGUGAUAAUACCAACAAGGAAGCUUCAGAAGAUUAUAAAUCGAGCCAGUACGCUUCGAAGGAUUCAGUACUCGGAAACUAUAGUGGUUUAUAUCGCGAUGCUAAUAUUCGUGGAAAAUCUAGUCGUUUUCGAUUUCAUAUUCCACACGAGACAACACCAUCUAGGCGUUCACGAUUCGAUCAACCUCCUUCUAAGAGGAUGGAUUUGAAUUCCCCUCCUCCAAGUAUUACCUGUCAGCCACCAAAGGAACCAAUCUAUACCUAUACAUACGGAAAAUCAGCUUAUGAAAAGGUGGACCAAAUUGGUGAAGGAACUUAUGGUAAAGUGUAUAAAGCAAUUAAUAAUGUCACAGGAGAGUUGGUGGCUUUAAAGCGAAUUCGUUUAGAACAAGAAAAAGAUGGGUUUCCCAUAACUACAGUUCGCGAGGUCAAAAUCCUUCAGCGUCUUCGGCAUAAAAAUAUUGUUAAAUUAUUAGAAAUUUUGGUAGAAAAAAAUUCCGUGAAUAUGGUUUUUGAAUAUAUGGAUCAUGACUUGACUGGUGUUUUACUCAAUUCCCAACUGCAUUUUACGCCAGGAAAUGUUAAGCAUCUGUCACAACAACUCCUUGAAGCCUUGAGAUAUCUUCAUCAUCUUGGUGUGAUUCAUCGUGACAUAAAGGGAUCUAAUAUUCUGCUCAAUAAUAAUGGUGACUUAAAGUUUGCAGAUUUUGGUCUGGCAAGGUUUAAGACUUACCCUAAAGCAGGUGCAACUUAUACCAAUCGAGUUAUUACUUUAUGGUUCCGACCUCCGGAACUUCUUCUAGGAGAAACUAAAUAUGAUGGUGCUGUCGAUAUCUGGAGUGUUGGUUGUAUAGUCAUGGAACUUUUUAUUGGAAAGCCUCUUUUUCAAGGGAAAGAUGAAAUACACCAACUAGAAAUUAUAUACGAUUUGAUGGGAACACCCAACGAAGAAACUUGGCCAGAGGUCAAAAGUCUGCCAUGGUACGAUCUUCUAAAGCCACCUCACGAAAAACCGAGCCGCUUUGUAGAUUCCUUCCGAGAAAAGCUUACACCUGCGGCAAUUGAUUUAUGUCAAAAAUUGCUAUCCCUUAAUCCUACUCAUCGUCCGUCAGCUCGUGAUGCUUUGAUGCAUGAAUAUUUUGUCUCGGAAUCUCCUCCCCCGGAACCAGCUGUAAUUUUAAAAGACAUGCAAGGUAGUUGGCAUGAAUGGGAAGGAAAAAAACGACGUGGAAAAAGAUAA